UACGCAAGCGGCCAAAUGUACUCGGGCGACUUCCUGGACGGACUCUUCCACGGUAAGGGGUCAUUCACCUUCCUCGACGGCUCGAUGUACAAGGGAGAGUGGCAAAAUGGCCUAAAGCACGGCGAGGGCAUGCUCAGGACCAGCGUGGGCGAGGUCUACCAGGGCGAGUGGCAUUGCGGCUCGCCAAAG